AUGAACGAAGAACACCUUACACAACUCAUCGGAAAGCUUCUAGAUAAAAAGCUUAAUCCCAUCGUCAAAACUCUUGAUGAAGUUAACAUCAAGAUUGUGAAAAUCGAUAUUAUAGAACAGUUCUUAACCUUUUUGAGUGAUAAAUACGAUGAUCUUUUCUCGAAAGUAGCAAAGAUGGAAGAGACCAACAAAUUACUAGUCGAGGAAAAUAAAUAUCUUCGAGAAUCACUUCAUGAUUCGAGCAACAACCUCGAUCAGCUGAAGCAAGAAAUUAACAAUAUUGAACAGUAUUCAAGAAGAGAGUGCCUGGAAACCCGUGGAAUUCCAAUCCAAUCAGGUGAAAGUACUGAUGAAUUUGUCUUAAAAAUUGGUGAACAAAUUGGUGUGAGAGUUGAAGAGAAUGAUAUAUCAAUAAGUCAUCGCCUAGCUACUGGCAACAGAAAUGUGGAUUCAACCAAGCGUGACCCCGCCAUUAUUGUGAAAUUUGUCCGACGUGACAUUCUAGAUCGUUUCAACAAAGCAAAAACAAAUCUUCGCAACAAAACCACAAGAGAUAUUGGUAUGUUACGAUUUGCCGAACGCAAGAUCUACGUAGCAGAAAGUCUAACCCAAUGGAAUAAGAAGCUAUUUAACAAAUGUCUUGAGGCCAAGAAGCAGCUUAAUUAUAAAUUCAUUUGGACCACGUAUGGUAAGAUCUUUCUAGGCCUUUCUACGCAAAGACGAAACUAG